AUGGCGAAAACGAAGCCUACCGAUCGCAAGACAAAGAAGAGCGCCAAGAGCGGCGAGUCGAAAAAGCCGAAAGCAUCACCAGAAGAACUUUUAAUUCAAGCGGCUACCCUCCUACAAACGUCACAACCCGAAGAAGCGCUUGUCGCCGCACGAAGAGCCUUGAACCUACUCCAGCCCGGCACAUCGAAACCCUCUGCUGCAGCACUGCCUGCGCUGAAUCUUCUCGGAGAGAUCAACGUAGAGUUGGGCGACCCAGAUUCUGCGCGAGAGGCCUUUCAAGCAGCCAUCGUAAUUGAUCCCGAGGGCGCAAACGACGGAGCUGAAAAGUUCUUAUGGCUGGCACAAUUAAACGAAGAGGGAGGCGCAGAGAGUGUGCGGUGGUUUGAGAAAGGCAUUGAAGUGCUGAAGAGGGAGAUCAGUGAACUGGAAGGGAAGCGGGUGAAGAAUAAUGAAGUCGAAGAGCUGUUAGAGGAGAAGCGACAAAAGAUAGCAAAUUCGCUCUGUGGUAUUGCUGAAGUCUACAUGACGGAUUUGUCCUGGGAAGAAGACGCCGAAGCGCGAUGCAACGCCGCAGUCACCGAAGCACUGCUUUUCGCACCCGAGAACCCAGAACCACUACAGACGCUCGCAUCGAUACGGAUCUCGCAACUAAAGCCCGAUGAAGCGAAGUCCGCGCUGACACGGAGUAUGGAUCUCUGGAAAGAUCUCGACCCAGACAACCCAAAGGUUCCAGACUACUCAACUCGAAUCAGCCUUUCCCGCUUGCUCAUGGAAGCUGAGAUGGAAGACGAGGCUAUUGAAGUGUUGGAGCGGUUAGUGGGCGAGAACGAUGGCAGUGUCGAGGCAUGGUAUCUGGGCGGUUGGUGUCUUCACUUGCUGGCGGGGAAGCAGAAGACACAAGGUGAAGAUAAGGUUGCAACAUCUUUGCUGCGUGCCAGUCGCGAUUGGCUGGAGAAUUGCCUUAAACUCUACGCCAUGCUGGAGUAUGAGGACGAUCGACUGAAAGACCACGCCGAUGAGAUACUGAAGGAACUCAACGACGUACUUGGUCCUUCCACUGGCGAGGAAGAUGAAGACUGGGAAGAUGCCGAUGAGGAGGGGGAUGGAGACGAUGACGACGACGAUGAUGAUGAUGAGAAGAUGCAGGGCACUACCACUGAACCACCACGGCUAUCCACCUCGCACCCCAUACGCCGGGCGUUCCAGGCCCACGGCACGGCAACUGCGCGGCAUUGGCUGCUCUCCAUUGUCCUGACGAUUACCAUAUCCGUCCUCCUCUGUUACCAGGCUGUCUUCCAAGCCGAUAGCUCUGCCGCCGCCGCCCUACGCAACCUCCCAAAGCAUGUCUGGACAUCGACCACCGAGGUCGAGGGCGAGCGACCUGCCGACGUCGUAGUGCGGCAGGUCUGGGUGCAUGGCGACUACAUGAAUGCAAUUGCCCUGCCUGUGUUGCGCGAAGCAAUGCAUGUCCAGGAAAUCCUCAUCAAUGAUGGCUUUGAUACGAGAGAAAGCACCGCACAUGACCAUCAGCACAUGCUCGCCCGCGAUGCUUCGGGCUGCGUCGUAGCAGCACCGGGGGAGAAGUGGGGUUGGCAUUCGCCGUUGAUGUACUGGGGCUGCUCUCUGAGCGCGCUGGAGAAGGACCCUGAUCUCCUCGGGACCAUCGACACCCACAAACGAAUCCGCUCAGCACUCAAUGUCACUCUGCGACCGAGCACUGUGUUCGCCGGCAAGUCCUUCUCCAACACCAAGCUUCGUGCCGCGGAUGCAUUGGUCAUUACGCUGUUCGAUCAGACCAACUCUAGCCUGGGAGAUACAUGGGACUCUAGGACUCGUCUUCUGGCGGAGAAGUUGUCUCCAGAGUGGACUCUUUUCCCACCUGAUGGUCAGGUCGGGCGAAGUCGACUUUAUGAGUUCCGUUUCAAGCCAAUGACCCUAAACGACGACAUGUUCCUCGCGGCAUCCUACAUGGUGACCGCUGCCUAUGUCAUAUGGAGGAUGAUGCAGUUGCGAGCAGUCAAAAGUUGGUUUGGCCUGCUUGUAACAAUAUGUGCCAAGAUGACUAUAUGCGUGAUUGCCAGUUUCACUCUCUGCACUUACCUUGGAAUCGAUCUAGCGCGGAUACCCCGACCAUGGUUUCCCGGAGUUGUUUUUUGUUUUGGGUUGGGAAAUAUAUUUCGUUUGAUUAAUGUCGUCCUCGAGACAGCCCCGGAGAUGCCUCCUCAGCAGCGAAUCGGAAAUGCGUUGGGUGAAGUCGGUCAUUUAUCCCUCGCCAUUGCCUUUCAAAAUCUCGCCUUAUUGUACAUUUGUUCCCGGCUCGUUUCACCUUGGGUAGCCGACUUUUGCGUCUUCGCUGCCGUCACACUCGUAUUCGACCUUGUUUUUCACUUGACCUUCUUUGUCGCGGUGCUCAGCGUGGACGUGCAAAGAAUGGAACUUUCAGACUCGCUGCAGCGCGAGGAUCUUCACCAAAGUAAUAAGAAGAACCGGGCGGAACGACAAUCCUGGCUUGGGGCGUUGAUAGAGGGUACUGUACCACUCAGCACGCGCUUCGCUGGAACUGUGGCCAUUUGUUCCAUCAUUCUCGCUAUCAAUUGGCACUUUUUCGACAGCGAUGGCAAGCAAUUGUCUCUCGAUACACUUUGUCGGAACCUCACGUCCAGAAGACGCAAACGCGCCACUGACACAUGGAGCCCACCACCAAUCAAUCAGGCUAGGACCCCCGCUGAUUGGCUUAGGAUCCAAGAUCAUAACACUGCUCGGGAAUUAUUUGGCUUUAUCAAGCCUGACGCUCCGAGCUUCGUAGCUCGUAUCUACGACCCCGUUCUUGUUGUUGCGAAGGGGGCCUAUGGACGUGAUCGACCUCAGCCGCCGUCGUCUUUCAUGGAUGGGCUUCGUCGCUUUGCGCGUGGACACGCGUUCCCGGCAGCUUUGAUUGUCGUUACACUUAUUGCGGCUGUAACACUGUUCAUGAACUACCUUCUCUGGAGUGGGCUUCCGAAGACUGCUGAAGAGAGCGAAGAUGACGAAGUCACAUUGUCUAUCAAGACGCUACCAACGCCGCAGAAUCUAGACGUCGUGCAAUUGGCUUCUUGCUCGAGAGGUCAUCUCGCCAGUAUAUCCCUUGAUAGGAGUACUGCGCUAUGGCUACACGGUCGAGGAGGAUAUUUGCACACUACACUGCAAACAGCAUCCAUGAAACCAAGGCUUUGGCCCAUCUAUGCUACUGCCAUGGAUGACGGUGGCAACAUACUUGCAAUCUGUGCAGAUAGCGGUCAAAUUGGCCUAUGGGAUAUUCCAGCGUCGCGUUUCCUCAUGUUCCCAAAGAUCGACAUGCGCGGACAGGCGCCCAUUCUGUUUACCUUUGUCUAUAUCAAGACACGGUUGGAUGUUGAAAAACUCUAUCUCAUCAUCAUGAGCCGGGACGGACAUCUGACAAAGCUCGAAGCACGCACAGGCAUCCACUACACUAGACGUGUGUCAUCCAGUCCCAUCGUUUGCGCCGCGACAUACACCUCAGUCAAUGGCGACACAAGCGUCGUUUUUGUGACGAAGCCCGGCGAAGUCCACAUCUUACAGUUGAUGGAGGAAUGCAACACGAUGUCUGAAGUAGUCGCUGGUCUCGAUCCAGGACCACCUCCAGGCAGCAAUCCUGCGAAGAUUCGAUGCAUAGAGGCUGUUCCCAGCCUAGGCCUCAUCUUUGCACUGCGUGACGAGGAGGCUGAAAUCUUCGACUUCAGUAGCCGAGCUCUUGUACACGCCUUUCAGAUCGGCCACAUCAAGCCGCAUUCAUUUAGGGUUCUGUAUCCCAUGCGACGAACAUGUCAAUGUGGAGCUCCAACAGUAAACUCGCUUGCUGUCGCAUAUACAGAAUUAGACUCCGGCCAUAUGAUCAUGCAGACUUUCUAUCUUGAUGACAACACGUCGUCACAGAUAUGCCUUGGAAAGCCGUUGGACAGGGAGAAGCACAGAUGUCGGGGCCUUGAUCAAGCAAAGGAGAGAGUGCGUUAUGUCGAGCCUGCCGGGGUGUGGGAGUCGACGGAUGCGCUCAGUGUUGUGGGGAUCAGAAGGCGUAUACAGUCACCUACGCCAUCGUCAACGGCUUCGGGCGCUGACGAUGGCAAUCAAGCUGUGAAUCCAUCGGCGCUUGCAUCGGCGCUCAAACAGCGAGCUCAGAUCCAAGGCAAUCCGGAUGCAUCUAAAUCUCCCGAGACGGCGUUUGCCAAGCGUAACCGAAGGACCGACGCCGUUGACGACAGUGACGCGUGGGAGGCGUGGAUACUGUCCAGCACAGGGGAGUUUCAAUCUAGGCCACUUAUCCCAGAUAACCUCGACGGCACAACAGAGGGCUCCUACGAAGACGAGCUUUUGGUGGCAGCUCCUGGGCCAAUGACCAGAUUAGGCAAGCGUAGUGUUGUCGUAGGCUUCGGCAAUACCGUCAAGGUCAUCACUUUGGGCAAAGAGUCGUUUGAUGGCUUGACAAACCUCCAGAGCAGCGCCAUGGAUAUUGGUCUUGGAUCAUACAAGUGGAGGGCGCGCAAAGGCACUGGCAGGAAAGUACAGUGA